AUGAGAUUCCCCCUGUUCGUUUCUAUCCUUUCGCUCGCUACGUUGGCUUUCUCUCGUCCUACAGUCCAGGAUGUCAACAACCACAAUGAUCCCAUCCCCUACGGCGCUUUUCCAUCCUCUGCCUCAUCCUCCAUCACCCCAGCCACAACGCCUGGAAACCCCAACUACAACAGCACCCGAAUCGGUCGAGCGAUAGUACUCAAUCGCUGUCCCAAACCAGUUUAUAUCUGGUCGGUCGGCUCGAUCGUUCGGCCCGAGACGACUGUUCUACCCGGAGGUCGCUUCACCGAAACCUUCCGCCGUGACCUCGAGACCGGCGGCAUUGCGCUGAAAAUCAGUACUGUGAAAGGUGGAUUAUACAAAAGUGCGCCACAGACAAUUUUUGCGUAUAACCUCAACGGGAAUAAGGUGUGGUAUGACUUGUCUGAUGUGUUUGGUGACCCGUUCCGGGGACGCUCGGUCUCAUUGCUGCCGUCGAGCCCGCCAAUUUCGUGGAGCAAUGGCAUUCCGCCACAUGGCAGCCAAGUGAGAGUACAGGAUUCGUCGCAGGACUUGACUCUCACAUUGUGUUGA